UCCUUAAUGUUUGAAGAGACUCAACCAGUUUCACAUGUGACGUCAUAAAUUGAACAAGAAAAUAUGUUUUAAAGCGUUAAAAAUUGACUGUCGAGAAAAAUUGCCUUAUCGUUAAAAAUUCUGAUUCUCGGUUAAGGAGGUUAUGUUUAUAAUUGCAGAAAAACAGUAAUGUAAAAUGAAAAUCGACGAUAAAUGCAAGAAUUCCUUAACUCUCGGCCAAAAUACAAACGUAAUAUCGGACAUCGUGUACAAGAAACUACUAGAAAAUUGUUUUAAUAUUUUAGUAGGGAAAGAAGCUGUUCACAGUAUCAACACUUUAUACAACUCUAAACCGGACAUCGUAAAGGAAUUCUAUGCGGCUCUACUAAAAGCGUGCGCCGAAUUUGUUAGAAAUAAUCUCACUAAAGAAGAAAUCGUCCAAUUCCUAAGUCAGUCCUGCAACUUCACACAAUCACGUGCUAACGCUCUAGCAGAAUUCACCGAUAAGAACAGAGUAGGGGUCGAGUCGAGUUUGGUGAAUAUCAGUACCACUUUGCCGCACCUUACAGACGUCAAAUGGAAGAUCGACUAUAUCGUAAAGUCGAAUGUUGCGGAUGAGUCCGAAGGUCCUAUUUUCAGGGUAUCUCUGAUAGCGGAAGAGUACGAUGUAGAAGCGGAGUGUAAAAGAUUGAAAAACGUUAUUUUUACGUGUACCAGUCAGGAAUUGCAGGAUUUGGUGUACAAGCUUAAGGAUGCGGUGCGGCACUGCACAACUUUGCACCAUCGGAUUCUGUAAGGAUAGGAUUUUGUUUAUACAUUAAAAAACUAAUAA